GAAGUGUCGCUGCUGCGGAGCGUGGGGCCGGUGGCCCGGGGCUGAGGAGAUGAGGACGGUGCUGAUGGUAGCGGAGAAGCCGUCCCUGGCUCAUUCUAUUGCCAAGAUCCUAUCGCGGGGUACCUUGAACUCCCGGAAAGGUUUAAAUGGAGUAUGCUCUGUGCACGAGUAUACUGGGACCUUCAUGGGGCAGAAUGUCCGAUUCAAGGUGACAUCAGUCUGUGGUCAUGUGAUGACCUUGGACUUCAUAGGAAAAUAUAACAAUUGGGACAAAGUCGAUCCAGCAGAGCUUUUCAGCAAAGCACCAACAGAAAAGAAGGAAGCCAACCCCAAACUCAAUAUGGUGAAGUUUUUACAGGUAGAAGGGCGAGGCAUUGACUACAUUGUGCUCUGGCUGGAUUGUGACAAAGAAGGAGAAAACAUCUGCUUUGAGGUACUGGAUGCCGUUCAACCCGUUAUGAACAUUCCACGUGGAAAUGAAAGGGUGAUUUAUCGUGCAAAGUUCAGUGCUAUAACGGACAGUGACAUUAGCAAGGCCAUGAACCAGUUGGGAGAGCCUAAUCGGAACGAAGCACUUUCAGUUGAUGCACGUCAAGAGCUUGACCUGAGAGUGGGUUGUGCUUUUACAAGGUUUCAGACCAAAUACUUUCAGGGUAAAUAUGGGAAUUUAGACAGUUCUCUCAUCUCAUUUGGACCCUGCCAGACACCCACUCUUGGUUUCUGUGUAGAGAGACACGACAAGAUCCAAUCUUUCAAGCCUGAGGCUUACUGGGUCCUGCAAGCAAAGGUCAGUAAUUGUGCUGGUGAUUCCAUGGUUCUAGACUGGGACAGAGUCAGAGUUUUUGAUCGAGAAGUGGCACAGAUGUAUCUGAAUAUGACAAAAUCCACAAAAGAAACAAAGGUGCAGUCUGUGAGUAAAAAGGAGAAGGUGAAGCAAAGACCACAGGCACUGAACACUGUGGAGAUGUUACGUGUAGCAAGCUCUGCCUUGGGGAUGGGCCCACAGCAUGCCAUGCAAAUAGCUGAGAAACUCUACACUCAAGGAUACAUCAGCUACCCUCGAACAGAGACCACACAAUAUCCAGAAAACUUCGACCUCAAAGGAACCCUCCGACAGCAAGCAAACAACCCCUACUGGAGUGAUGUGGUGAAGGCAUUACUUGCUGAAGGCAUCAAUCGUCCUCGGAAGGGUCAGGAUGUUGGUGAUCAUCCACCCAUCACCCCAAUGCGUUCAGCCACAGAAGCUGAAUUAGGUAGUGAUGGCUGGAGGCUUUAUGAGUACAUCACCAGGCACUUCAUUGCUACAAUCAGCUAUGACUGCAAAUACCUCCAAACCACAAUCACUUUCAGUAUUGAUGAGGAACAUUUUACUUGUACAGGGAAGACUUUACUAUCAGCUGGUUACACUGCAGUGAUGCCAUGGCAGAGCCUAGCAGAUGAGGAGACCCUUCCAGUCUGUGAGCGAGGUGAUGUGUUUACUGUUGAUGAGGUCAGGUUGUUGGAGAAACAGACAAGUCCACCCGACUACCUGACAGAGUCAGAACUCAUCACUUUAAUGGAAAAACACGGCAUUGGGACAGAUGCCAGCAUCCCUGUCCACAUCAACAACAUCUGUCAACGCAACUAUGUUACCGUGGAGAGUGGCCGCAGAUUGAAACCCACUAACCUUGGGAUUGUUCUUGUUCAUGGAUAUUACAAAAUUGACCAGGAGCUAGUCCUUCCUACCAUCCGCAGUGCAGUCGAGAAGCAGCUUGGUCUCAUUGCUGCAGGCAAGGCUGAUUUCCCCCCAGUACUGGAGCAUGCUCUGAAUAUCUUCAAAAGGAAGUUCCAUUACUUUGUGGACUCCAUAGGAGGUAUGGAUGAAUUAAUGGAGGUGUCAUUUUCUCCCAUUGCUGAGACAGGGAAGCCUCUGUCCCGUUGUGGCAAGUGCCAUCGAUUCAUGAAGUACAUUCAGGCCAAACCAAGCCGGAUGCACUGUUCCCAUUGUGAUGAUACCUACAGCUUACCCCAGAAUGGAACAAUCAAGCUGUAUAAGGAACUCCGCUGUCCUCUAGAUGAGUUUGAACUGGUUCUCUGGUCUUCUGGUUCCAGAGGAAAGAGCUACCCUCUGUGUCCAUAUUGCUACAACCACCCACCAUUCCGUGAUAUGAGGAAAGGAAUGGGUUGUAAUGAAUGCACCCAUCCGACCUGUCAGCAUUCAUUGAGCCUGCUCGGGAUUGUCCAGUGUGUUGAUUGUGAGAGUGGUGUGCUGGUCUUUGACCCCACCUCAGGCCCCAAAUGGAAGAUGGCUUGUAACAAAUGCAAUGUGGUGGUACACUUCUUUGAAAAUGCUCACAGAGUGAAAGUAUCAUCUGAAACCUGUGACGUAUGUGAGGCAGCGAUCGUUGAUGUGGACUUCAACAAAGCAAAAUCCCCACUGCCUGGUGAAGCAACACAGCAUUCAGGGUGCGUCUUCUGCGACCCAGUGUUUCAAAACCUUGUGGAACUUCAGUAUGCCAAAAUGAAGCACCCAAUGCACAGAAGCGGUGGAGGACAGGGUCGAAGACGGGGCCGGGGGAGAGGCAGGGGACGUAGACCUCCAGGCAGGAGCAAUCCGAAGAAACCCAGAGACAAAAUGGCUGCACUAGCUGCUUAUUUUGUGUAGGUGUAAACAAGGGACUUGAAUAACCCAUGGCUUGCAUUUUCAUUGGAUUGUUUAAGGAAUUUGUAGUCUGCUUGUUUUGUUCCAGCUAAAAGGCUGAAAUAGAGCUCGAGACCCAAAGGAGAUGAGGGAGAAGAAAAGGAAACUCAGAAAAACUGUGGAAUCUGCAGGCUGUGUAACUAGGAUUUGGGCACAUUACUCUGUCCAACUAAAAUAGCUCACUUUUAAAAUAAAAUAUGUGGUUCAUAAAGCCUCCAGAUAUAUACAAAUGGUGCUAAUUUUCUGCUUAUUAACUUAGACCUGUUGUUCAUACAAUAUGCCAUUGCCCUUCAGAUGUUUAAUUUUGUGCUUAAAAUGUGUUGAAUAUGUUCUCUAAUUACUGAACUGGAAAAUGUAUGACAAUAUAGCAUUGAGCCAAUCAGUAUUCAGUACUGAUCUCAGCCAGGGUAGGAAUGGCAGUACAAGAGUUUCCUUUUGUAUCCUUAGUUUGGUACAGAUCAGGGGGAACUGAUAGAGCACUUUAUUCUCGGGAGCUCCUUAUGCACAGUGUACAUGCAGGCCUAUAAAAUGAGAACAAGUCCUUCAAAAUGGAAAUCCAAUAUUGACUAUCUCUGCUCAUGAACUAAGAAUUAUCAAUGUAAUGAUUUAAGCCUCGGAUUUUUGUUGAUGAAAUGUGCUAAAGUUGACCAGUUAAAUGAUAAAUCUUUGCAAGGUUCAGGAAAUAACCACUUGGGGAUGAAACAAUAUUAAGCAUGUUGUACCUAUCUAUACUAAUCCUAUUUGCCCACAUCAGGUCCGUAGCCUUCUAUGUCUCGGCUAUUCAAAUGCCUGUUCAGGUGCAUCUUAAAUCUUGUGAUCGUAUCUGCCUCCUCUGACAGCUCACUCGAUAGCAACUAAUUAGGUGAAAUACUAUCCCCGCCAAACCUCUUCAUACUCGCCUUAAACACAUGCCCUCUCGUUUUAGAACCCCCCCACUCCAUGGGUUAAAAGAUUCUACCUAUGCCUCUCAUAAUUUUGUAUACUUCUAUCAGGUCACCCCUCAGCUUCCACUACAAGGAAAACAAACCCAGCCUAUCCAAUAUCUCCUUAUAACUAGAGCCCUCCAAUCCAGGGAACAUCCUGGUGAAUCUCUGCACCCUCUCGAGUGAACCACAUCCUUUACAGUCAUCUUUCAAGACUGCAGAACUCAUAGUUCAGUGAGUUUAAUAGGAGUACAAUGGAGGCUUCUUUUGCAAAGUGCAUUUUCCACCAGUUACAAAAAAUAAAUUUCUCACCAAAAUGAUCCAAUGAACUUUAACAUAUUUAUUGUAGUUUACAUCAUUAGGUUGCUGAGAGUUUCUGGCACUCCCUGGUUUAAUGAGUAUCCAAUCUGCACGUGUUCUCCCAACGAUUGUUUAACACUGUUUGGGUGAUGAUGGGUAGUUUUGAAGUUGCCCUUGAUUUUACCUGUCCUCACGGAGAUACUUAGAUGAGAGAUUGGCCAUUCAGGACUAAUAUGAGAAGAAAUCUCUUCACCCAGAGUAUAGUCGAUCUCUGGAAUUCUCUGCCUAAGGUGGUCACUGGCUAUAUAGGCUGAGUCACUGGCUUAUAUUCAAGACAGGAAGUGACAGAUUUUUCAAAAUCAGGGAAAUCAAGGGGAUAUGGGGUUAGUACAGGAAAGUGGCACUAACUUAAAAGAUGAACCAUGAUCUUUUUGAAUGACAGAGCAGGCUUGAGGGGCGUAAUGAUUACAGCACUUCUAUUUCUUAUGUCCUAUUCAACAGCAUUCUGAUUAAAAACACAAAGUAUUA